GUCGUGCCACAGGAGUUGUGGCUGGGUGUGGCCUGCUUUUGAAUUUCUCCCCUCAUCAAGCCUGAAGCCCCAAGGGGCGCUGCCGAUUCCUUGGGAAGAUGUCCCUGUCCUCCGUGUACGAGCACAAAUUUGCCGAGAAGCUGACAAUUCUUAAUGACAGGGGCAAGGGGGUGCUCAUCCGCAUAUAUAACAUCAAGAAGACAUGCACGGAUUCCCAGGCCAAGCUUCCGUUCCUCAUGGAGAAGACAAUGGAGUCCUCUAUCAAAUAUAUCAACAAAAAGUUUCCCAACUUGGACACACGGAGCAGCACGCAACACUUGGGUCCGGUACACAAAGAGAAAGCAGAUAUUUUUCGGGCACUCACUCCCUAUUAUCAGACCUUUGUGGAUGUAAUGGAAUUCCGGGACCAUGUUUAUGAACUGCUGAAUACCAUAGAUGCAAGCCAGUGCUACUUGAACAUUAAUGUGAAUUAUGAUUUCACCAAGAACUACCUGGACCUGAUUGUCACCUACGUUUCUGUCAUUGUACUUCUUUCCCGGAUUGAUGAUCGUAAAGUCCUGAUUGGUCUGCAUCACUGCACCCAUGAAAUGAUCCAUGGCACCAGUGACGCUAGCUUCCGUCGAUUGGGUCAGAUGAUGAUCGAGUACGAGAAUCCCUUGCGCAAGCUGCUGGAGGAGUUUGGGCCUCAUACCAAGACUGUGAGCCAUGCACUUCUUUCGCUGCACUUCCUGUUUGUCCGUCGAAACCAUUCUGCUGACCAGUGGCGAGGUGACCAGCUCUUCAGCUUAAUCAGCAAUCCUGCCAGCAUGCUGUCUCCUGCCAGUUCAGACACUAUGGCCUGUGAAUACCUUUCAUGGGAGGUUCUCGAGCGAUGGAUUGUGAUGGGAUUCUUGCUCUGCCACAGUUGCCUAGGCUCUACUCAGAAUUGCCUGGAACUUUGGCGGAUGGCUCUUCGUGGCUCACUCUACAUCACGCUGAUACGAGAUGAAGUGCUUUAUAUUCACAAGGUGACGGAAGAGGCCUUCAGUGGCAUUAAAGGCUAUGGGAAACGUAUCACUGAUAUUAAAGAUUGUAAAGAACAUGCUCUACAACAAAGCGGACAAUUUCAUCGAGGCCGGCGUAAUUACUUGAGGAAUGCUGUGCGGGAGAUGGAGACUAUUCUGGCCAAUGAACCUGGACUGUUGGGCCCCAAGGCAAUUUAUGUCUUCAUGGCUCUGUCGUUCUGCCGGGAUGAGGUUGCCUGGCUGUGCAGACACAGUGAGCACAAAGGCAAGAACCAAGAGGAAUUCACUGACAGCUGCUUGGCUGAGCUGCUGUUUCUGAUGGAAAAACUCCGCAACUUGCUUAAACAGUACCAAAACGUCAUUCAACGGUACCACGUACAAUAUUUGUCACGCUUUGAUGCCCAGGUGCUUGGUAACGUCAUACAGGACCUGACUGUGUGCCCUGAAGAGGAAUCAGUGAUUAUGUCAGCUUUUGUCAACACACUCACAUCCCUGACUGUCAAACAGGUUGAUGUCAAGGAGAAAUUUGAAUUCAAGGGACUGCGAUUGGAUUGGUUCAGACUACAGGCAUACACCAGUGUCACUAAGGCCCCAUUGCAACUGCGGGAGAAUCAUGAUCUUGCCAAGGUGAUGAACCUCAUUGUCUUUCAUACUAAGAUGCUAGACUUUGUGGAAGAACUCAUAGUGGAGACAUCCGAUCUCUCCUUCUUUGGUUUCCACGUGCGCCAUUUGGAGAAGUUAUUUGCCGCCUCCUUAGAGGAACCAUCCAUGUUGCGUUAUGUCAUUAUCUUCCCACUUCUGUGCGCUGAUUUCAGUAAUACGAUCCAUCCAAUGUGCCCUGAGGAGUAUCCACAUCUGCGCACCUGUGCCUUGGCCAUAUGCAACAACUUCCUGGAAGAGAUUGCAAAGCAGACUUCGACCUGCAUCCUGGAUGCUUGUGCUGAACAGUGUAAUUUGAACGAGCAACUCUUACCCAAGCACUGUGCACCCACCAUCAGCAAGGCCCGAACCAAAAGGGUUCAGAAAAAAACUUCCAAAAAGUUAGAACCAGAAAGGGAUAAACCUGGAGCAGAAAGUAUUCGGAAGGACCGCAGUCUGGUCACAAAUAUGUGUAAUCGGAACCAAAAAAUGAGAGCAUUGGCUGAACUCCUUGGUCCUUAUGGAAUGAAGUUCCUAAGUGAUAACCUCAUGUGGCAUGUCACCUCACAGAUGGUGGAGCUAAAGAAACUUGUGACUGAGAAUAUGGAUAUUUUGGUUCAGAUCAGAUCCAACUACUGCCAUCCAGAGCAGAUGGCAACGCUGAUGCCCCGCCUCUCAGGCAUAGAUAACGUUCUAAAAAGGAUGACAAUUAUUGGGGAAAUUCUGUGGUUCCGGUCAAUGGCACAGGAGGGACUUCAAGGGGUGUUCACCAAUCGUUGCCCUUUCCUGAUGGGACCCAUUCAGUAUCUGAAAGAAUUUGUCAACCCAGAGAUGGACAUAAAGGUGACUUUGAGCAUCUUUGAAUUGGCCACUGCUGCAGGACUCCCCUGUGAUAUCGACCCAGCCCUGGUCUCUGCACUCAUCAACCUGAAGAAAGACAGCUCGUCCCCUGAGGAGGACUACAAGACGGCCUGCUUGCUCCUAGUCUUCAUAGCUGUGUCUCUGCCACUCCUGGUCUCAGACCCUUCCUCUAUUUACCUCACUGAGAUAGAUGGUUAUAGAAACAAUAUCCACUGCCUUGCCAAAGCUAUCAUCCAGGUGUCGGCUGCACUCUUCACCAUCUACAACAAAAACAUUGAGAGCCAUCUCAAGGAAUUUCUGGUUCUGGCUUCUGCUAGCAUCUCACAGGGAGGGCUAGACGUUGAUCGGAUGAAAGCCAAGAAUUGGGAGUCCAUCUCAUUGCUUCUGUACUUGCUUGUGGAAGAGUCAUCCUUCUUGACUGUUGAUAUGCUGGAGACCUGCUUCCCUUAUGUGCUGCUGCGAAAUGCUUACCGUGAAAUCUCCCGAAACGCACUUUUGAGCCGUCUCUCUACACAUUGAAAAGCCUUGCCUUCUGGCCAUCCACAUGGAUUGCUGAAUCCUAAAUGCAGAAUAUUUGGCAGGAGUGGAUAGGAAGGAUAGUGGAUGCUUUGGCCAACCUGUCUCUUUGACCCUUCAACUUAUUGUCUAAAGAGAACCAGUCCCAGCUUCUUGAAUGCUUAGCAAAAAUUUGGUAGCCUUUGUUUUAGCCAGUAUUACUAGUAUUACUACUAGUCUAAAUUGUAUAACCAUUGGAUGGUUUUCUGGGUACUUAUUGGUAGAAUGUGCUAUGUUUUACCACCUUCAGCCUUUGUGCCCUUUUAAAAAUGUCUGCUUGGACUGACCAGCCCCCAGAUAAACCUCAAAAUGUUCAUUCCAGUCACAUGUAGAAAAAAUAAGUCUAAAUGUUUUUCAACACACAUUAAUUCUUUCAAUCCACCAAUUAGGUUGUAAGCUCCUUAGGGCAGGCACCAAUUUUUGUAAUAUAUAUAUAUUCUGAAAAUAAAGUUCUGAAUGAAUGAUUAUAAUAAUCACUCUCCUGGAAAAGAAAUAGCCGGCAAUCUUGUAUUCCAAGUAUGUGUCAGAAAAUUUAAUCAGCCUGAUUGUUCUUUUUGUUCUUUUUGUUUUUUUGUUUUCAUUUGAAAAAAAUCAUGGGAAUUGGCAAUAAGGAAUAGGGAAGACAUUCUUUAUACUAUCUACCCCUUAUGUCUUUCCCAAUCCGAAUAGCAAUUGAUGCGUUGGCUUGAGACGGAAGCUGUAGCCCAAAGCAUUAAGACUGAAUUAAUGAUAGGGAAUAAUAAGUUAGGUUCACUCUUGCUAAGCCAUGGUUUCUUUAACAAACCAUCAUAGCUGGAUCACACAAAACUAAUCUAAAAGCCUGGCAGGUACCUUGAUGAUCCUUUAGUCAUGCUUGAU